UAUUUGAUGUUAAUCCCCUAACAUGGCUUAAUAUAGGUCUUUGGAAAUUCAUCGGAGUCGCUUUUAUUCCUCUUGAUUUGUUACAAGAGGAACAUUCAAAUUCGAAAUCAAAUAAGGGGGGAAGAAUUGUGCUCGAUUUGAUACAUUACACCUCAUUGAGCAAAAUGGCCCAAGAGAGCUUGAAGAAAGAGAUCGAGGAGGCCGAAUGCCAGAAAUGCGAAGGCCCGAGUCCUUGUGCUAACAACUGUGGUUUCUUUGGGAGUUCGAUGACUAACAACCUUUGCUCGAAAUGCUAUAGAGAUCUUAUAAUGAAGAAGCAUCAAGCGAUGCUAGUAUCACAUCCUACCACUUCGGUAUCUUCUUCUACUCUAAUCGAACUCGUUUCUAAUGAAACAGAGAAGCUGACUGUCGAAAUUGUUGAUAACCUCGACAAAAAAGAACCCGAGGAGCCUAGUAUCAACCAUCGGUCGGCUCGUUGCUCGCUCUGCCGAAAAAGGGUUGGCUUGACCGGGUUUCAGUGUCGAUGCGGUAGCACGUUCUGCUCGUCUCAUCGCUACCCCGAGACUCACGAAUGCUCCUUCAACUUCAAAAAUGCCGGCCGAGAGGCUAUAACCAAGGAUAACCCCGUCGUAAAGGCGGACAAGAUUGUGAAGAUUUGAUGUCAUUUGGAUUGAAGAAUGCUCUUAUCGCUCGAGUUAAUACUUCUGGCAAACAAAAGGUCUAUUUUGAUGAGGUUUGUGCUCCAAAGAUGAGCUUUUAGAGAUUGCCUUUAUAUUUAGCUGCUCUGCUUGUUGAAUGGCUUGCUUGUGGUUUCCAAAUCAAGAAUAAUGGGGACUGUUCUCUAAUUUGAAUUUUUUUUUUAUAUUUA